CAUGACAUCUAUCAUUUUUUUCCCUGUCUCUAAGAUAACCUGGUCACUGUAUUACGAGCUCGGGUUGACAAACUAGACAUUACACCUUAGGCUUCUCACAAUGUGUUGACUGCACAGUUGAUCCAAAAGUCUCCAGUGAUGACGUCAUGUCUAUUGUUUAGGAUAACGUGAGCCUGAUGGGAUGGUGGUAAAGCUAAGCUUUCAUCAAUUAGUUCAGUGUGUGGAUGAGGAGGUUGCUUAUACAAUUUAAAAAAAAAAGUUACAGGCAAUUUUAGUUUUCUACAAAAUAGGCUGCUUAUUGGAUAGCUUUUAAUAUUUUUUAUAUCAGCUUAUUUUUGGACCGAAUGAUCGAAUAUUUUAGAACUAACACUCAUAAUUACGAUCACGUGACUUAACAACGUUUUUUUCUGAUUGGUGGCGUGGGCAGAUGAAAUGGAUAAAAUGAAUAUGCCUGGAAUGACAACAGCUCAGUCUACAGGCAGCAUGGGCACCACGGGAGCCAUGGGCAGCAUGGGAGGCAUGGGCAGCAUGGGAGGCAUGGGCAGCAUGGGAGGCAUGGGCAGCAUGAGUGGGAUGAACAUGGGAGAAAUGGGAAUGAAAAUGUACUAUCAUCUCGGCUUUAAGGAAUAUGUUCUAUUCUCCGAGUUCAAGACCUUAUCAGUAGGAGCCAUGGUUGGCGCAUGUUUCGCCAUCUGGGCCCUGGGUGUUCUGUACGAGGGUCUCAAGUUUCUACGUGAAGAGCUCUCCGCCAGCAGAGACAAGAAGUUCUCCAGCCGGAAGGGCAUCAUCAACCACAGUUUUGAGAACCCUUUUCCUUCAGAGAGUAGCCGUGAAACUUCAGGCUCGCAAAAACUUCACAUGACGACAAGACGUCAAAUCUGUGACUGGGGUCACUUCCUGCAGACGUUCCUCCACAUCAUCCAGAUCUUCGUCUCCUACUGCCUCAUGCUCAUCGUCAUGACCUUCAACGUCUGGCUCUGUCUGGCCGUGUUUCUGGGAGCCGGUACAGGGUACUUCCUGUUUGGCUGGAAACGAAGAAACAACGACUCUGGUGAUUGUUGCUGA